GCGCGCGUGCGCGCGUCCCGCCCUCCCGUCCUUCUUAUAGAGCCGUAGCGGGGUCGCGCUCGGAGGAGGCGACAUGGCGGCGGCGCUGCUGCUUGCGCUAGGCUUUGCGCUCCUGGGCGGCCAAGGUGCCUCCGCGGCGGCGGGGACCAUCGUAACCUCUGUCCACGAUGUCGGCUCCAAGACAUACCUUACCUGCGCUUUGAACAGCAGUAGUGUUGACAUCGUUGGCCACCGCUGGAUGAGAGGUGACAAGGUGCUGCAGGAGGAUACGCUGCCUGACCUGUAUAUGCAGUACAUGGUGGACACAGAUGACCGCUCUGGGGACUAUUCCUGCAUCUUUCUUCCUGAGCCCGUGGGCAGGGGUGACAUCCGUGUGGAGGGGCCGCCCCGGAUCAAGGUGGGAAAGAAGUCGGAGCACGCCAGUGAGGGGGAGAACGUGAGGCUGGUCUGCAAGUCUGAGUCGUCCCACCCUCCUGUCGCCGAGUGGACCUGGUUUAAGACCUCUGACUCUGGGGACCAGCUCAUCACCAAUGGCUCCGAGAGCAAGUACGUUGUGAUAUCCACAGCGGAGAAGUCAGAGCUGACCAUCACCAACCUCGACAUCAACAGCGACCCUGGCACCUAUGUGUGUAACGCCACCAACGACCAGGGCAGCGUCCAGGAGAGGAUAACACUGCGCGUGCGGAGCCGCCUGGCCGCCCUCUGGCCCUUCCUGGGCAUCGUGGCCGAGGUCCUGGUGCUGGUCACCAUCAUCUUCAUUUAUGAGAAGCGACGGAAGCCGGACCAGACGCUGGACGAGGAUGACCCUGGUGCUGCCCCACUGAAGGGCAGCGGGCAUCACAUGAAUGACAAGGACAAGAGUGUACGCCAGAGGAACGCCACCUGAGUGGCAGAGCAGGCGGAGGGUGGGGGCACCUGGGCACCUGACCCCAGUCAGUGUCUACCUCCACUCUUGUGUCCCCUCUUGUCCCAACCCGAGCCUACCCACCCCAACCUGGGUGAAGACAGCCUCACCUUGCAGAAAGCCCACCUGGAAGAAGCAAGCCGCCCACAGCACCCGUUUCUAGUUUAAACUAAACAAGGUUUCUAUGUAGAGAAUCUGUUCCUUAGGGGGUUUUGUUUUUGACUUUUUAAGCGUGUCACUAUAACCCCGUGGAGUGGGGGAAUGGGGUCUCGUCCUUGGCCAUGAGGGAGAGACAAGGGUAAGCUCUGACUUCUUGGUGGAGGGAGCUACCACCUGGUCCCCUGUAUGGGACAGCCCAUCCCCACCAUGAACAACAUGGCUGGGACCCCACAAAUAAAAACCUACCCCGCCA